AGCUAACAUUUAGCUAAGGGAUAAUCACCGUUAGAUUUAAAGUAAAUGCGUCAAAAUCACGAAAAGUUAAUUUUAAAGGUUAAUUUCUAAAGGUGUUGAUACAUCAGAAACUCAGAAUGUAAUAUUUGAGCACUUUUUGAAAGACAUGCCAUCGUAAAAAAAUAAAAGGUAAUAAAAUAAAAAUGCCCGAUGAAUACUUCUGAAGCUAGCCGGCUAUGCUAAGCUAAAGUAAGCUAAGCUAAGCUAAUCUAAGCAUCCAUAAGGAAGAAGUGUUGUCAGUCGGCGGAGCUUCAGACGCUCGCACUAAGCUGAUCAGCGAGACGUUAGUGUUAGACCUGUGAGAAGCCUGGGGGAAAUGGCUAAAAUUCAUAUUCAAGGGAACGGAUUUCAGGCAAAAGAUGUGAAAAGUCUACAGGGCAAGACGGAGAGUUUAGCCGGACAGGAAAGCGAAUCUUUGGGCUCUGAGCUGAACGGCGUCGCCGAAACCCAAGCGGAUAAAUACGGCUUCAUCGGCGGAUCUCAGCAGAGUUCCGUGGAUCCAGCCGAGGACAUCCCUCCUGAGGUGCUGAGGCAGAGAGAGGCUAAGUGGUUGGAGAUGCUGAACAGCUGGGAUAAGUGGAUGAGCAAGAAACACAAGAAGGUGAAGCUGCGGUGUCAGAAAGGCAUUCCUCCGUCGCUGAGGGGUCGUGCCUGGCUCUAUCUGUCCGGGGGAAAGGUGAAAAGAGAGCAGAAUGUGGGCAAGUUCCAGGAAUUGGACAGUGACUGUGGAGACCCAAAAUGGGUGGAUGUGAUCGAGAAGGAUCUCCAUCGUCAGUUUCCCUUUCACGAGAUGUUCUCUGCACGAGGAGGACACGGGCAGCAGGAUCUGUUCCGAGUGUUGAAGGCUUACACACUUUACCGGCCAGAGGAGGGUUACUGCCAGGCUCAGGCUCCCAUUGCUGCUGUGCUGCUCAUGCAUAUGCCUGCUGAGGACGCAUUUUGGAGUCUGGUGCAAAUCUGUGAGAAAUAUCUGCCUGGCUACUACAGUGCAGGCCUGGAGGCAAUCCAGCUGGACGGAGAGAUCCUGUUCUCUUUACUGAAGCGUGUGUCUCCUGUGUCUCAUCGGCACCUGAAGAAGCACAAAAUCGACCCUGUGCUCUACAUGACCGAGUGGUUCAUGUGCGCAUUCUCUCGCACGCUGCCGUGGGCGUCAGUGCUGCGCGUUUGGGACAUUUUCUUUUGCGAAGGAGUAAAAGUCAUUUUUCGUGUGGGCCUGGUGCUUCUGAAAUGCAUGCUGGGAUCUCAAGAGAAGCUAAAGGCGUGUCCGGGUCAGUACGAGACGAUGGAGAGGCUUCGCAAAGUAGAGCCACGCUACAUGCAGGAGGGCUUCCUCAUUAAAGAGAUUCUGGAAUUGCCGCUGUCUGAGCGAGACAUCGAGAAGGAGCAUCUCGCACAACUGCGACACUGGAAGGAAACGCACGGAGAACUGCACUGUAAAUCCCCUCCCAGAAUGCACGGCGCUCGUGCUAUCAUGGCCGCCGAGCCUCCCACCCGACAGGACCUGCAGCAGAAACCCACCAUUUUGGUGGAGCCGGCGGAGAUCAACAGCUAUGAAGACAAGGAGAAAAAGAAAAGCAAAGGGGAUAAAAAGAAAAGCAAGAAAGACACUUCGCUCGACACAACCAUUCAGAACCAGGCACCGCAGGACCAGGCUUUACAAAGUCAAUCACAGGCGCUGCUAAAGGACACGAGUCUUCAGGCAUCUAAUCCGAGUCUGAGCAGCACAGAACACGACACGUACCUGUAGAGUGCCACAUGACCGUCAUGCUGACCUGUGAAUAUUUACUAACUGCAUCUGAAGACGUCUGGUCCAGAUGGCCCUCUCUCAGGUUUCUACAUCUGGUGUGAUUAGACUUCAGUCCCACAAUGCAUUGGGGGCCUGCGCUGGGAUUGCAGUUUUUUGUACAUCACAUCCAUGUGCUUCAUGAAGAAAGAAAUUCAUUUGGGAGUUUUUUAUGGUCUGUUUUAAUUCCUAAGCACCAAGAAUGUGUGAAAGCCACAUUACUUACUGUAUUUUCCAGAUUAUAAAGCACAACAUUAAUCGUCGUUUUAUUUAGUAGUCGUGAGAUUUCGGGACCAAGCCGGUACACUACCAUAAUUUAUCGCUAAGAUUAUUUUGAAAAUGCUCUAGUUGUGUUAGCUACAGACAGCAGCGACACAGCAGAUCUUAAACAGAUACACAAAACCUAUUUAAUAAUAAUCAGAUACAGCAACACUAAAGAAAAAUGAACUGAAACACACCAGCAGAACAAACCAAAGCUUCACUUCAGAGGCAAACACGCAGAUGGGACAACAGACAAACAAACAAAAGGGAAGAGUGACUUAGAGUCUGGAAAAUGACUCAAAGACUCAAACAUCAUCACUGUGUGAUGGAAACAUAAAAGGGCUGAAAUUUUGCUUGCCGUAAAUGAUGAUAACGUACCGGCAGGGCCACUGUGGCACUUCAGUGUGCAGAAGCUACUUUUCAGUAUAACGGAAAGUGACAGCGGCUCGAUAAACAACAAACAAAUCAGACGUGUUCAUGUUAGGCAUGUGGCGGUUUAUACACCAUAAGAUUUAAUGCCAUUAUCAAUGAUUGUUUAAAAACAUUGCAUUUGGGAGGCAAUUAGAUAGAUCGAUUUUUAUUUAUUUUUUUUGUUUAAUUGGGAAUCUUUUACUUAUUUUGUCAUUUUGUAAGAAUACAUUCCCAUAACACAAGACAAAAAUCUUGGCUUCAACUGAAGGACUAUUUCUUGGUAUCUGUAUUACUCAAGGAAUUAUUCAUUCCAGAACAUGUUUUUUUUGUUUGUUUGUUUUUUUAUUUUUUUUUGGGGAAAAUAAUCAAUCAAGUUCAUUAUUUUCCUAGAACAUAUCAGCCACUCCAGGACAUGUUGUUAUAUCAAAGAUAUGAACGUCAUACUUUUUAUCCACUUAUAGUUACUUUUAUUGUUCCAUAGAUGAGAAAGCAGCGUCACCCACAGGCUUUAGUGCAUGCACUUUCUGGGUUUGACCACUAGGGGGUGCAGCAUGACCUCCGGAUCGUAAACAAAACUUUUACUUUAAACCUUUUUGUAUUUUAUUGUAAGUUUUUUUUUAUGAGAAAGGAAGUAAACAUGGCUGCUUUCAUUUGUAGUCAGUACGAUUUUUAAUUAUUACGGACAUUUUUAAACAAAAAGGAAUCAACCUUGUGUGUAAAUUGUCAAGUUCAAUACAACAUAAUCCAGCGUCAUAAGCUGAUAUUGCCCUGAUGUUUAACACAAAUCAGUGUGUCCUUAAAAAAAAAAAAAAAAACAGAAAAGACUAUGGAUGCACUGAUCUGGUGUCAGUACCAGUCUAUUAUUCAGCCUGAAAAAGUCUCAGCUUUUUUUUUUUUUUUUUUUUUUUUUU